AUCAAACUAACAUCUUGCAUAUUAGUCUAGCCUGAUCCAACCCCAGUUCACCAUUCCAUCAUGGCAUUUAGUUUCGGUUUCUCAGGCGAUGACAUAGAGGAAGAUCCCAACGAUGUGCAAGAGCAAGCGCAGCAACAAACAGCAACAGACAGCAAUGUGCCACCACCGAUUGCGGCCAAAACACAUGAUCUUGAUGAAUUGUUGUCCACUCUCCCAGACAAACUCUCCUACUCAACCAUCAACAUAACAAGCCCUAAAGGCUUCACAGCCCGUCUCCCCCGCCGCGAACUUUUCGAUGUGCGCCUCCAACUCAUGGCUGAGGACGAUGGAUCUUCCCAAACACCUCUGACUGGUCUCGAUGACUCCGACCUCCGCCAAAACGUUUACGAAGGCGGCUACAAAACCUGGGAAUGUAGUCUCGAUCUCGUCCGCUACCUGCUCGAUCGUGGACCGCGGAAAGAUCUCGAUGACCUCAUGCGCGUCGGUCAUGUAAUUGAGAUGGGCUGUGGAUCUGCGCUGCCUUCGCUUCUCUUAUUCCAAUAUGCGGUUAAGAACCAACUUGGAAUUUACUUCACCCUAACAGAUUACAACGCCGAUGUUCUACGACUUGUUACUCUGCCUAAUUUACUUCUGACGUGGACUGGUACGUUGAGUAUUGAGGAGAGUGCCGCAUUGUUCCCUGAAACUGGCAAUCCACUAUUAGAACCGGAGGAGAAUGGCGAGUUAUAUGUUACUCCUGAUAUUGUGGCUGCUUUCAAGAAGGCAGUUGGUGAGAUUGGGGUUACUAUGACGUUUAUCUCGGGGUCUUGGACACCGGUCGAGAAGCUCCUGGAGAUGGUUCCUUCGUCUCCGGAUCUGAGUACGUUCAUCUUGGGUUCGGAGACUAUCUACUCGCCAGCAUCGCUUACAGCGUUUACUGAUGCUAUCGUCGCGCUGAUGGGACGAGUGAAGACAGGCAAAACGAUGGUAGCGGCGAAGAGAGUAUACUUUGGGGUUGGAGGUAGUGUUGAUGGAUUCAGGGAAGCAUGUGCGCAGAGGGGAUGCGUAGCCUAUGAGAUGGAGUUUGAGGGGUUAGGCGACGGAAGCGAUGGAGGUGUAAGGAGAUGUUUGGUUGAGGUGCAGAUGUAUUGAACUUUGUAAGAAAGAAUGAUUCAUUGAGGUUAUGAGCUAUGGAUGAGAUGGGUAUCUAGGGAUGUACCAAAGUAGAAAACCUAAAGUCAA